UUCAUCUAGUAUAAAAAAAUUAAGACUAAUGAUUUUACUAUUUCGUUUUGGAUUUUUAGCUAUCCAAACACGUAAAACUCUUUCUAAUAUUUUUUUUGUUUAUAACGCUUCAUUUGAAUGUCUUUUAAAAAUUUGUAUCCAUGUAACUGUUUAGAACUUUUUUCCACCAUUUUAUUGUUAGUUGAUUAGUGAAAAUAUAUUUUGAGAAAUGCAUGGUAGAGACUAUUUAUAGAUUUUAAAAAUCUAUUUGAAUAGUCACAACUCUUCAAUUUGAAUAGUCACAACUCUUCAAUUUGAAUAGUUACAACUCUUCAAUUUGAAUAGCCACAACUCUUCAAUUUGAAUAGCCACAACUCUUCAAUUUGAAUAGUCGCAUUCUUCCAAUUUAAAAAUAGUUAUUUAAAAAAAAUACUUAUAUGAAUAGUCACAACUUUUAGACAAUUUUUAGAGAACAUACAACCUUUCAACAUUAAACUUUUAGAAAAGACACAAUUUUGUACACAUCUUUUACAAUAGUCACAACCUUUCAAUAUAAGUGGAUUCACAACCUUUGGAAUUAAUUGGGAUUGCUAUUAUUAGUAGAUAUCUUUUAUGCUUGGCUUAUGUUGUAAAUGGUAAUAAUAUCCAUCACGACUAUGUAAUAUAUUAUCGAGCUGAAAUCCUCCCUUGUAUAAACAUGAUUAAAAAGUAAUUUUCAAAGUUAAAUUUAUUUUAAUUUUUUUUGGUUGUAUAUUUAUUUCUAAAGUUAGUAUGAUUAAUUUAUAAUUAUACAGUAAACAAUUGGGGAUCAACAAUUUUUAUAGCUCAUAAUCAGUCUCAUUAUUUUGUGCACAUUGCUUCGAGACCGUCCAUUGAUACUCCAAUAAAAAAACAAAACCUUUCCUGAUAUUGAUUAGCUAGUCUUACACAUUCUUAAUACGAUCUCAUGUGUAAACUGACGCUCCCGGUAAUGUGCCGGUCACGUAUCCAGUCUGAAAGUCACGUGUCAGUAACCCACGUCGUCCGCUCACCAACUCUGUCUCUUGGGUUUCUCUAUAUAUAACCCAAUCCAACUUCCCUUCACACUCCUUUUAUUUAAAAUCUCACAAAACCAACAAGUUUUCCCAGCGAAAAAAAAAACAAUUUCGAACUUUUUUCCCUGGAAAAUUUUCCUACAACACAACCAAAUUAAAACUCAUUAAUCCUUGAAAAAAAAGUAAACCUCACAACAACUAUUAUUCAAUAUGGUUAUAGAUUCAGAAACCAGUGGUAGUCAUCACCGUAGACUCACUUUCGCCGCCUUCUUGAACACCGAUCUCUCCGCAGACGAAGAAGAAGAACAGAGCCAUGGUGCUGCUGAUGGUAUCAAUCCCAGUAGUACCAAGAACAAGAACAAUCAGCAACGUCAAAGCAAUGCGUCGACCACGAGCGGCGACUCAUCUCCAAAUCAGGUUCGGUCUCCAUGGAACCAGACUUACUCUCCGUACUACACCGACACGACAACUACACCGAUGAUGUCACCGUCUCCGUGGAACCAGACUUACUCACCUUACUACAAGUCUCCGUGGAUAUACCAGAGCCGAAACGUGGAUGAUGAUUCGGACAACGGUUUGAUCGGUACGAUCGUGAGACAAGAAGGUCAUGUCUACUCGUUAGCUGCUUCCGGAGAUCUUCUGUUCACUGGAUCCGAUUCCAAGAACAUUCGGGUCUGGAAAGAUCUCAAGGAUUUCGCCGGGUUUAAAUCAACAAGCGGUUUGGUUAAAGCGAUUGUGAUAACCGGAGAUAACCGGAUCUUCACCGGUCAUCAAGACGGUAAAAUCCGGGUUUGGAGAGGGUCUAAAAGACGAACCGGAGGUUACUCGCGAAUCGGAAGCUUACCGACUCUUAAAGAGUUUUUAACGAAGUCGGUGAAUCCCAAGAACUACGUCGAGGUUCGUCGCCGGAAAAACGUUCUUAAGAUCCGACACUACGACGCCGUUUCGUGUCUGAGCUUGAACGAGGAGCUCGGUUUACUCUACUCCGGUUCGUGGGACAAGACUCUCAAAGUCUGGAGACUCUCCGACUCUAAAUGUCUCGAAUCGAUUCAAGCUCACGACGACGCGAUCAACACCGUAGCCGCCGGGUUCGACGACUUGCUCUUCACCGGAUCCGCCGACGGGACUUUGAAAGUGUGGAAACGCGAGCUUCAAGGGAGAGGGACGAAGCAUUUUCUAGUUAACGUGCUGAUGAAGCAAGAGAGCGCCAUGACGGCGUUGGCGGUUAAUUUAACGGCGUUAGUUGUUUACUGUGGAUCUUCUGACGGUACAGUUAAUUUCUGGGAAGGGAAGAAAUAUCUUUCUCACGGCGGGACUCUCCGCGGCCACCGUCUGGCGGUGCUCUGCCUCGCCGCCGCCGGGAGUUUGGUGCUGAGCGGCGGAGCGGAUAAGAACAUUUGCGUGUGGAGGAGAAACGGCGAUGGGACACACUCGUGUCUCUCGGUGUUGAUGGACCACGUGGGACCUGUGAAGUGUUUGGCGGCGGUGGAAGAGGUGGAGGAAGACGGCGAGGGGAGAUGGAUAGUGUACAGUGGAAGCUUGGAUAAAUCGGUGAAGGUGUGGCGCGUGAAGGAGACGGCGUCUUCGGUGAUUGGCUGAGAUGGGUUGAGGAGGAGGAGAGUUACGCGCCGCCAUAGCGCGUGGAGAUACGGAGGAAUAAUCCGUGGGACAUGUGAUUCCUGCCUUAAUGGUCAAGGCAAGUUUCAUGGCCGGCAAAACUAAGUAGAUCAUACUACCAAUAGCAAACUGCCACGUCAUGAAAGUAUCUAAAAGGUUCGGAAAGUUUCUAUAGUUUAUUUGAUCUUCAUUGUAACUGCACAUAUUUGAUUCAGAAAAUGGGGAAAACAAACCUUAUAUUAUUUCAUUCAUUGUAUUAAAAUCAUUUUGUUCAUAUACUA